UCCACAUCAUGCAUCCCUCGUUCCCCCGGCUUUACCAGGGUAUAUGCAUGAUUGGUGACAUUCGUUCAAUGAAAUCUCUACCUUCCCAGUCAAGUGAGAUCAUAGUUCAUCCCACUCCUGUUCUCCGAUGGGAGAAUCCUCUUCCGUUAGAUUCUCGUCGUCAGACCGAAAGACUAGUCGACUGCGCCUUGGCCGAUGAGGAAAAAUUGAUCGAUCAUCUGAUCCUGUCCGGCUGGGCUUGAGGUAUAUAAGGCGAGGUUCAGUCAGGCCUGGGUUGUGGGGUUCUGGUUUUCUUUUCCCGACAUCUCUUCUGUGUUCAAUCGAGAAUUUGAAUAUGGGUACUACAGAGCACCAAGCAGGCCGGAUGGCUUCACAUAUCCCCAAGAAGGCAGAAGCCAUCGGCCAACCCGGAUCAACCAACAUCAACCACCCUGCCAGCCCGUGGUACACCCAAUCACACCUCCUCCGUCUCAACCUCAUCAUUCUCUCGCUCGUCCUCUUCUCCUCGGCCAACGGCUUCGACGGCUCCCUGAUGAACGGCCUCGAAGCCCUGACCCAGUGGAAGGACUUCAUGAACUACCCCGCCGGGGCGCGUCUCGGCUGGCUCAAUGCCAUCUACUGGCUGGGCUGCGGCAUCGGGUACGCGACCGCCGCCGCUAUCGCCAACCGCUACGGCCGCAAGCCCGGGGUGUAUCUCGGGUAUGCGGCGCUGGCCCUGGGGACGGGGUUGCAGACGGCGGCCCCGAACGCGACGGCCUUCCUGCUGGCGCGCCUGUUUCUGGGGUUCGCGUCGGCCCUGUUCGGCAACGCGGUGCCCCUGCUCAUCAACGAGAUCGCCUACCCGGCGCACCGCGGGCUGCUGAGCGGGCUCUUCAUGUCGGGCUGGUACGUGGGCGGCUCGGUUGCGGCCUGGGUGGUGUUCGCCUCGCGCACCUACCCGUCCUCGUGGGCGUGGCGGCUGCCGUCGCUGCUGCAGGCGCUGGUGCCGUUGCUGGCGCUGCCGGGAUUUCUGGCGGCGCCGGAGAGCCCGCGCUGGCUGGUCUCGGUGGGGCGUGACGAGGAGGCGCGCCGGGUGUUGGUGAAGUACCACGGGGGCGGCGACGCCGCCUCCUCGUUCGUGCAGGAGGAGUUCGAGGGCAUCCGCGCGACCAUCCGCGCCGAGCAGGAGGCCCACCGUAACGGCAGCUACCUCGAGAUGGUGCAGACGGCGGGCAAUCGCUGGCGGCUGAUGAUCUCGCUCAGUCUGGGCUUCUUCGCGCAGUGGGCCGGCAACGGGGUGGUCUCGUACUACCUGGCGCUGAUCUUGGAGUCGGUCGGGGUGACGCGGGUGCGCGAUCAGACGUUGAUCUCGGCGUGUCUGCAGAUGUGGGAUCUGGCGUGUGGCGUGCUGGGGGCGUAUCUGAUUGACCGGUUCGGUCGACGCCCGCUCUUCCUCGCCUCGAUCAGCAUCAUGCUGGUCAGUUUUGUCCUGGUGACCGCCUUGUCGGCCACCUUCACCUCCACGGACAACUCCGCGACCGGGGUGGCGGUGAUUCCGUUUCUGUUUCUGUUUUUCGGGGGAUAUUGUAUUGCUUUAACACCCCUUCUCACCUCCUACCCCUGCGAAAUCUGGCCCUACCGCCUCCGCUCCCGCGGGCUGACGGUGACCUGGUGCGCGACCAUCGCGGCCAUGUUCUUCAACACGUUUGUCAACCCGAUUGCGCUGGAUGCGAUUGCCUGGAAGUACUAUAUUGUGUUUAUCGUGGUGUUGGCGGUGUUUGGGGUGACGGUGUAUUUCUUCUAUCCCGAGACGAAGGGGUAUAGUCUGGAGGAGAUGGCAGGGAUUUUCGAUAAAGCAGGUGGUGGUGCAGCUGCUAUUGCACUGGAUUCGGGGAAGGGAAUGCAGAUGGAGGGUGAUGGUGAUGGGUUGCGGCAAGGGAAGGGGAUGGGGAAAGAGGUGGUGCAUGCUGAGGAUGUGUAGCUUUGAGGUCCAAAUCUCUGGAGGAG